AUGUCCCAGAAGGAGGCCAGAAGGGCACCCACCGCACCGAGAGUGGGGCAGAAGCCCGCUAAAGCCAGGUUGUCGCUGGCAGCAGGCUCGGGCAGGAAGAGGAGCCGCCUGAGCAGGACCAGGCAGGACCCGUGGGACGAGCGGGGCUGGAGUGACCAAAGGUGGAGCAGAGCUGCCCCCAGCCCACGCCCACGAGGGGUCAGGGCCCGGAGCCUGGCUCUUGGCCAGAGUGAGGCCAGUCCCAAGAAUGCUGCACGGGAGCGGAGCCGGGUGAGGACACUGCGCCAGGCCUUCCUGGCCCUGCAGGCUGCUCUGCCCGCUGUACCACCCGACACCAAACUCUCCAAGUUGGAUGUGCUGGUGCUGGCCACCAGCUACAUAGCCCACCUCACCCGCAUGCUGGGCCACGAGUUGCCUGGCCCCGCCUGGCCACCCUUCCUGCGUGGACUCCGCUAUCUACACCCUCUCAAGAAGUGGCCCAUGCGAUCUCGUCUCUAUGCUGGCGGCCUGGGGAGCUCUAGCCUUGACUCUGCCACGGCCACCACCUGCAGCCGAAGAACAAAGGAAACAGAGGCCAGGCCCCAAGUUUCUGAAGAGGCAGAUGCUCUCUUUCCCACAAGGCCAUGCUCACCAGCUCUCGGUGACAAAUGA